AUGGCUUAUUUCAGGAACAUGGAUGUCGUCAAUGUCACUGCCUUGCCAAUUGUGCCCGUGGAUGAGCACCUGACUGUCUCCCUUGUGACACGGGAUGCGGUGAAAAAUGACCUGAAGAAGAGCCCGGAGGACAACCCACCCUCCUGCCUUAUUGGCUCCAUACACCGGGUGAACCAAAGGAUUGCUGAGCUCGAUCUGAGUCCCAGCCUGUUGGCCAACAGCCUGGCAAUUGAGAGAUUCGAGUUGGAGAAGAAGGCUUUGGGAGAGAAAAGUCACGACGGCCCGGGAGACAGAGACAAGAGUCAAAGCAAAUCACAGUAUACUUGCAGAGGCUCAGAAUCCAGGAAUGUCAGAUCUUUCCUUUUUAAAAGGAAAAUAGCCCGUAAAAAUCUGCUGGUAGAGCUGUUUCAGUACCCGCCGUUUAACAGCACUGCACCAAACAGGCUUCCAAAUGGGGUGAACUUCUGUGACAUGGUGGGCAAUGUGGUCCGGGCUGAGAGAAACUCCCUUAGUGGCAAGUCUUUCUGUUCAGCUAGAGAAUUAGAGAAGUUUCUGUCUUCUCCUUCUCCAAGAACCAUAUGGCUGGAUAGCUUCUGGUGGAUCUUUCAUGAGAGGUACCAGCCCAACAAGGAGAUCCAGAAUAAGCUGUUUGACCGGAUAGCCCAAAACUACGCCUUUCUCUUGUUGUAUGAAUCCAAGUCCCACUACGAAGAGGCGCUCUUAAAAAAGUUGCCAUCGCUGCUGAGUAAAGCUGUGUAUACCAGCUUCUGUUGCUGCUUCCCGCAAUCCUGGUUCAACACGCACGAAUUCAAAUCGAGCAUCUGUAACACGAUGAGCCUGUGGAUUUCAGGUAUCUACCCUUGCCUACAGAGCUAUAACAGCUGGGACUAUUCAGAACUGGAUCCAGAGAGAUUCUGGAGAGAAAAAUUAAUUUUGCAGAGAAGAAUGUUAAAGAAAAGAGAGUUUUCUUUGUUCACGUCUAAGAGAUGUAUCUCCCAGGGGCGUCUCCAGAACAAGAAAGUUCCCUGCCCUAAGUCUCCUGGUAUAAAUUCAACCACUGAGAGAGACUCUUUGGCCAAGAAGAAUUCAGCAGAUAGAUCACAAACACAGAAUGCCACAAAAGAGCAUCAUGAUCAGACUCUGGUCUUGAGGGAAGCUACAAAACUAGUCAAGAGGAAAUCAGAAGCAAGAGAACUUGAGAAUAUUCUUCCCAAGCAGUCUCACCCAGCCGGCAAAAGCCCUGAGCUGAUUUCAAACUUCUUCAACCUUUAUGGGAAGAGCCCUCUGAUUGUGUACUUCCUCCAGAAUUAUGCCUGUCUGCAGCGGUGUGGCAAAGACGUGUUGAUAGUCAGGAGGGAAAGAAUCAAGAGCAUCCCUGAGUCCGUCCUGACGUAUGCUGAGGUCAUCAACCUGACCCUGAGCAACAUGAAGAAGCGGAGGGACAACCUCCGCCAACUGAGCUGGCUCCACUGGAAUGAACGGAAUUAUUUCGAUGAGUACCUAAAGGGACUGCAAGAAAACUUCCUCAGGGAGGUCAAGAAUAUCGAUCAAAAAGCAUUAGAUAAAAAGAAGGCAAACCACAUGUUCAUCCCACCUUCAACCUUCACUGAGGUAUCUCCCAACAAGAAAUCUGGAGGAAGUCUUGAGAGAGAGUGUGUUUCUUUUAAGGUUUGUUCUGACAAAGACCAUGGAAAACUGGAAAUAUGA